AUGAAGACCGACUUCAAGUUUUCCAAUCUGCUUGGGACUGUCUACUGCCAGGGCAACCUCUUGUUCAGUCCUGAUGGCACAUGUCUAUUCUCCCCUGUAGGCAACAGGGUGUCUGUCUUCAACCUCGUCGACAAUACAUCACAUACCCUUCCGUUCGCGCAUCGAAAGAACAUCUCGAGGAUAGGUCUGACCCCGCGGGGUAACCUAUUGCUCUCAGUCGACGAUGAGGGCCACGCCAUUCUGACCAAUGUCCACCGCCGAAUAUCCAUAUACCACUUCUCCUUCCGGUCACCGGUUACAGCGCUUGCAUUCUCUCCGUCCGGGCGUCAUUUUGCCGUAGGGCUUGGCCGAAAGACGGAAGUAUGGCACGUCCCCUCGACGCCCGACUCGAGUGCCCAGGGCGAACUUGAGUUUGCGCCCUUUGUUCGCCAUCAUACACACAUGGGCCACUUCGACGACGUCCGGCAUAUUGAAUGGUCAAACGAUUCUCGCUUUUUCCUGACUGCUUCCAAAGACCUGACAACACGGAUCUGGAGUGUCGAUGCCGAGGAAGGAUUUAUUCCCACAGUUCUGUCAGGCCACAAACAGGCUGUUGUCGGAGCUUGGUUCUCAAACAACCAGGAGACUAUAUACACAGUCAGCAAGGAUGGUGCCGUCUUCGACUGGCAAUAUACUCGACACCCCAAUGCACCAUCUAGAGACGAGGACGAGGACAUGGGAGACGCAGACGACGAAGACAUGCGCUGGAGGAUCGUCCGGAGACACUACUUCAUGCAGGGCAGUGCCCAUGUGCGGUGUGCUUCGUUCCAUCCUCAAUCUAACCUCCUUGUUACUGGAUUCUCUAAUGGCAUCUUUGGCCUAUAUGAGAUGCCCGAUUUCAACGCUAUCCAUACUCUCAGCAUCUCGCAAAACGAUAUAGACUUCGUUACUGUGAAUAAAACCGGAGAGUGGCUUGCUUUCGGUGCUUCCAAGCUUGGACAGCUUCUGGUAUGGGAGUGGCAGUCCGAGUCCUAUAUCCUUAAACAACAAGGUCAUUUCGAUUCCAUGAACGACCUCGUCUACUCCCCAGAUGGCAAACGUAUCAUCACGACAGCAAAUAACAAGAUCAAGGUGUGGGACGUUGACUCGGGUUUCUGCAUCGUGACCUUCACAGAGCACACAGGAGAUGUCACUGCCUGCGAGUUCGCCAAAAAGGGGAACGUCUUAUUUACUUCGAGUCUGGACGGUUCUAUCAGGGCUUGGGACCUGGUGAGGUAUCGAAACUUCAGGACUUUUACCGCGCCGGCGCGCUUAUCCUUCUCUUGCCUAGCAGUGGAUCCGAGUGGUGAAGUGGUUGCUGCUGGCUCACUGGACUCCUUUGAUAUUCACAUCUGGUCCGUUCAGACUGGUCAACUGCUCGAUCAGUUGGCUGGACACGAAGGGCCGGUCUCUGCUCUUGCAUUUACACCCGAUGGUGGUCUGCUAGUCAGUGGAAGCUGGGAUUAUACCGCUAGAAUGUGGUCGAUCUUCGGACGCACUCAAACCAGCGAACCUCUUCAAUUACAAGCAAAUGUGUUGGGCAUUGCGGUUCGGCCGGACUCUGCACAGCUGGCCAUCUCCACGCUUGACGGGCAGCUCACAUUCUGGUCUAUAGCGGAAGGCGAGCAGGUGUCCGGGCUCGAUGGCAGGCGCGAUGUAUCGGGUGGCCGAAAGGUUAGCGAUCGCAGGACCGCUGCCAACGUACCUGGCACCAAGAGCUUUGGCACCAUCAGAUACAGCACCGACGGGAGCUGCCUUUUAGCCGGGGGCAGCAGCAAGUACAUAUGUCUGUACUCUGUCAGCACGAUGGUACUUCUGAAGAAAUUCACCGUCAGCGUCAACCUCUCGCUAUCAGGGACACAAGAAUUCCUGAACAGCAAGCAGCUCACUGAGGCUGGACCGGAAGGUCUUCUUGAUGAUGAAGGGGACAACUCGGAUCGUGAAGCUCGACAAGACAAGUCCUUGCCGGGUACAAAACGAGGCGUCGACCCAUCAGAGAGGCAAAAGUUACCCGAAGUCAAAGUAUCUGGUGUCGGCUUUUCGCCAGCUGGCACAUCCUUCUGUGCCGCAUCAACUGAGGGUCUUCUGAUUUACAGCUUGGACAACGAUCUUCAGUUCGACCCGUUCGAUCUGAACAUGGAAAUAACGCCAGCCUCGACGCUUGCGGUACUCGAGACCGAGAAAGACUACCUAAAGGCGCUUGUCAUGGCAUUUCGCCUCAACGAAGCAGGCUUGAUCAAGCGAGUAUUCCAGGCAAUACCAUACACCGAUAUCCCCCUGGUUGUAGAGCAAUUCCCCACGGUGUACGUGGCCCGACUGUUGCGAUUCGUGGCUGCGCAAACCGAGGAAUCUCCUCAUUUCGAGUUCUGCCUACUCUGGAUCAAGGCUCUUGUGGAUAAGCAUGGAUCGUGGCUGACAGCGAACCGGGGCAAAGUUGACGUCGAGCUCCGGGUCGUAGCAAGAGCCAUCGCCCGGAUGCAGAACGAGAUCAGACGGUUAGCGGACGAGAAUGUCUACAUGGUGGACUAUCUCCUCGGCCAGGCCGAGACUAAGAACGCAAGCACUGACGACAAAGGUCUUCUUACAAAUGGUGACGAUACUCCAAUGAAAAUGCUAGCGUCUGGGGAGGAGGGAGUAGGUGAAAGGGUAGAUUCGGAUGAAGAAUCAGACGGGGAAUGGAUUGGCCUGGGUUGA